CCGCCGCCGCUCCGCCGCCGCUCCCGGAGCUCCGCGUCCAGCCCCGCUCGGUGAGCAGAGGGAAGCAGCGGAGCCGCGGUCCUGCUCGGAUCCUCCUCCCCCGGCCCUCCCCCGGUGCCCUCCGGUCCUCCUCCGGCCGUCGCGCAGUGACAUUGAACCGGGAGCGCGGCGCUCCGGAGCGCGUGCCCGCACUGCCUGCCCGCUCCCGCCACCAUGAGCGACUACUUCAGCCUGUCCGACUGCGACGUGAUCGGCUUCGACCUGGACCACACGCUGUGCCGCUACCAUCUGAAGGAGACGUGCAGGCUCAUCUAUGAGAGCUUCGCCCGCUACCUGGUGGAGCACCGAGGCUACGACCGCGACCUGCUGAGCCUGACGCCCGCCACCUGGGACUUCUGCUUCAAGGGGCUGGUGGUGGACCUGGAGGACGGGAACCUGGUGAAGCUGGCCGAGGACGGGACCGUCUUACGAGCCACUCACGGAACCCACGACCUGAGCACAGAGGACAUCCUGAAGCACUACGGCCCCAAGAGGGAGUGGAAGCACUUCACCAGCCUGAACACCUCCUUCACCAGAUCCGCAAAGUACUACUACUACGACAACUACUUCGACCUGCCGGGCGCGCUGCUGUGUGGACGGGUGGUGGACAUGCUGCACAAGCGAGGAAAUGAGGUGAACUCUGACUUCUGGAAGGACAUGCUGGCUGCCAUCGACCACAACUACAACACGUCAGCGUUCAGAGACGACACCGGGACGUACUUCCCCAGCGUGAAGCAGAACCCGGGCCGGUUCCUGCAGCCCUGCUCCGACUCGGUGAAGACGUGGCUGCGCAGCAUGAAGACGGCCGGGAAGGUGCUGUUGCUCAUCACCAGCUCCCACAGCGACUACUGCCGGCUGGUCUGCCAGCACAUCCUGGGGAAGGACUUCGAGGAGCUGUUUGACGUGAUCAUCACCAACGCCCUGAAGCCGGGCUUCUUCUCCCUGGUGCCCCAGCAGAGGCCCUUCAGGACUCUGGUGAACGACGUGGAGGAGAGCGAGGGGCUGCCGUCGCUGGACAAGCCGGGCUGGUACUCCCAGGGGAACUGGCCUCACCUCCACGAGCUGCUGAGAGCCAUGACGGGCAAGCCGGAGCCCAAGGUGGUGUACUUCGGGGACAGCAUGCGGUCGGACAUGUUCCCGGCCAGCAGCUUUGGGAAGUGGGAGACGGUGAUGAUCGUGGAGGAGAUGGAGGGCGAAGGCGUUCCCCGGAGCGACGCCGCCGUGUCCAGCCAGGCCCAGGCGGAGCCGCUGGAGAAGAAGGGAAAGUUUGAGGAGCAGGGCAUGAAGGCGCCGUCGGCGGCCUCCGAGCAGUGGGGCUCGUACUUCGUGGACGUGCACAGAGGGGGCGGGGGGGACGAGGACAGCCAGAAGCUGACCUGGUGCUGCCACUGCAUCCACAAGUACAGCACCAUGGCCAUCCCCAGUGUGGAGCACAUAGCAGAUCUGCCUCUGGACUUUAAGUUCCCCAGGUUCUCCCCGGACAAGCCCUGCACCAGCGGCUACUACCCCCGGCCCCCCGACUCGCUGCUGAAGAGGAGCCAGAGUCAGCCGUGAAGCCCCGUCCGGGACCAGACCAUAGGCCUCUGCCUCCGGAGAGGAGCCUGCCUCCAUCGGUCCUCCAGUUCCUCACCGAACCCCCGUCACCUCAGAACCCCCCCAGACCCCCCGUCACCUCAGAGCCCCCCCAGAGCCCCCCCAGACCCCCGUCACCUCAGACCCCGUCACCUCAGAGCCCCCCAGACCCCCCUUCACCUCAGAGCCCCCCAGACCCCCCUUCACCUCAGACCCCUCCAGACCCCCCUUCACCUCAGACCCCCCCCAGCCCUUGUGAAUGUAAGCCACAGUGUCCCGUGCUAGCGCCCCCGUGUGGACGUCGUCUCGUGGUUUAGUGUUAACGUAACGUACACGUUGGAAAUAAGACUAAAACUGGGUGUGUGUCUGCAUACUGUGAAAUUAGACCAUGUAGUGUUGUGUGUGUGUGUGUGUGUGUGUGUGUGUGUGUGUGUGUGUGUGUGUGUGUGUGUGUGAGGCCCUUCCUCUUUUUUCAUGAUAGUUGAGUUAGAAAUCUUCAAAUCUUCAAGUGAACAUUUUAGCAUUUGUUGAGCCGUUGAAGUGAUGAAUUACCUCAAGGACGGAAUCGAACCAGGAGUCCCCGUCCGUGGUCUGGAGUCAUUGUGUCAGUAGUUCUGUAAAACACUCUUGUCGUGCUCCUCUUCUGCUCUUUUUACUGAGACUCGAGCUCUCUGAGGAGCUGGCACUGUAACCCUGUGUGUCGGCUGUUUUCAGUGAGGAUGAUGAUGAUGGAGGAAGACGACGGUGCCAUGUCAGUGUUGCUUUGUGGCAGUGUGCUCGUUGAGCUCGUUGAGCUCGUUGAGCUCGUUAGUGGUUGUGUUAUGGAGGAAGGAGCUGGCUUCUUGUUUUGGAUGCACUCUGAGACGUGGAGAUGUGCUUUAACCGACUCCUGAAUGGUUGUUCUGGUUCAGGAAGUCUGGGAACCGUUCCGGGCUUCACUGACCGCUGGUCUGGGGUUAAGGUCUCAGUCCGGGAGGGCCGUGUAGCCUAGCUUAGCAUGGGCCUGAAGGGGGGGAGCCAGGCUCAUAUCGGCCCAGAGCCUGAGAGAAGCGUGGAGGACAGAUGUCCGGCAGAUGUGGGACACGUCCAGACCGUCCAGUCAGGACACAGAUGGCCCAGGCUCACGCUGCUGGCCUGACUGGACACACGGCUCUGGAAGGAGGGUCCAGGAUGGCUAAGCGCUGGUCCUGGAGGGCCCUGGUCCUGGAGGGCCCUGGUCCUAGAGGGCCCUGGUCCUGGAGGGCCCUGGUCCUGGAGGGCCCUGGUCCUAGAGGGCCCUGGUCCUGGAGGGCCCUGGUCCUGGAGGGCCCUGGUCCUAGAGGGCCCUGGUCCUGGAGGGCCCUGGUCCUGGAGGGCCCUGGUCCUAGAGGGCCCUGGUCUGGAGGGUUUAGCGUUCUUCACUGCGUUGAGCGGUGUUGGACCAGAGGGGCCAUUGAGGCACAAACCCUCCAGGACCAGAACCAAACACAGUAGUUUUAUUUGUCUAAUCAUUUUUCAAGCAGGUCUCUGGUCUGCUAGAAGCUGUCAGAAACGCCCCCUUGAGUCCAGGACCAGGGCCCUCCAGCCUGGAGGCUGGACCGCUAACAGACGGGGUCCCUCAGCGCCUGUCAGAAUAUCGAUGGUCAAACCAGCUGCAGGGAUCUUUGUGGUUUUUUUCUCACAUCUAAUCCGUUGAUAGACAUAUUGACCAUCUGUCAAGUCCAAGAGGUCUUGAAUCAGGUUUUCUUUUUCCAGACUCAUGGAUCUUUACCUUGAGAAGGUCGGAGGUCUUGUUCUGGUUUCUGUUCCAGUCUGGACCCAUUCAUCCAGUCCCAGCAGCAGUGCUACACCUCUAAAGCUCAUCAUUGUUGAUCUCGUGCUAAGCUAAGCUAAGCUAAACUUCCCGGACGGUCACACUGGCCGUCCAGACGCAGUUCUGGGUGCUGUGUGUGGAUACAGCUGUACAGCUGCACUGAUUGUACUCUUCUUCUGUUGUCUCCCACCCAGAACACCUGACAGGCUCACCUGCCUUCGGCUGGGUUCAUUUGUGGUUUGAAGCUCUGAAAAAAAAAAAAAAAUACACAGUGACAAGUUGAAUUCUGUGUUCAAGUGUUGAAGUACUUUUAAUGAAA